AUGCUUGGCGCCGACGACCUGCGCAUCAUCACCCAGAACCGCGCCCACAUGGCCACCGACAACAUCAUAAACUGGGACUACGACAUGCGCCGAAACGCCCAGCCCAUCCUCGACUUUCUCUAUCUUGGCCCUUGGGGCGCCGCCAAGGAUCUCGACUUUCUGAGGCGCGAGGGCAUAACGAUGCUGCUGGCCGUGCGGGACAGCCGCAUCGCUGAGAUCCGCGCCAUGAGCGUCGAGCGCACCGCAGCGGAGCUGGGCAUCGUCGCCGACCAUGUCGAUGUCUCGAGCAACCAGGAGCUCAUCCGCGUCUUCCCCGACGUCGCUCGGAAGAUAAACGACCACAUGCUGGCCAUCUAUCGCUCCCAGGCGGCUGCCGUACCUCCACCGGCAACAGCACCACUAGCACCAGCACGGGCAUCAGAACCUGCCGACGCCGGCCUCGCCCCUGGCCAUAUCGCCAUUGACAAGGCCAGCUUUCGUCGUGGCAAGGUCCUUGUCUUCUGUGAGAGCGGUAACAACCGCUCUGCCGCCCUCGUUGCUGCCUACAUCAUGACUGUCUUCGGCGUUAACCUCGUCCGCGCCGUUCAGUUUGUCAACAGGCAGCGAUUCUGCACAAACUUUGACGAGGACACCAAGCUCUGGCUCAGAGCUUACCAGGACAUCCUCGAGGCCAGGCGCGCCGUCGCCAACCACAACCGGCAGGCCGCCGCAACCCUGGCUCCCCAAAAACUCCAUCACACCCCCUCCAAAAGGUCCAUUCAGGACACCUACGACGAGACAAUCGAUUCCGAGAUGGGCGGCUCGGGCCAGGAGUCGGGAUACACGACCAGCAGAGAUGAAUCCAGCCACGAUCGAGAACGAUACCUGGAUCGUGCCUGCUUCGUACCCUUCAUCGACAACAAGGACAGCGAGAUGACGUAG